AUGAACUACCCCAACUAUACGAAGGCCAUAGUGUUGUCCUACAGCGUCAUCUUGGAAGGCUGGCCUACGACCAUCCCAUUUACAUCCCCUUGGAAUAUCCACACCGUCUCCGACAUGCGAGCACUCCGCGAUGCACUAAAAGCAGGCGCCUGUGCAUGGAGGACCAUGUCACGGUCUGAGCUCGAAAGUACAAGGCGGAUGUGGAGCGUCGGGAAAUAG